AAUAACUUAAAAAAGACAAUUUAACUAAAUAUGGCAAAAGUCAAAUUGCCUUCUAAGGCCUCAAGUACUAAGAAUUCGUCCACGCCUAGAAAAAUUGCAAAGGGCAAGAUCAAAAAGAAUGUUUCAAAUGGAAAAAAAGAAAAACUGAACGCCAAACAGCAACAGCACAGUGAUUACUUAAGUAAAUGUUACGAAAUUCAAUCACAAACUCGUCUAUGUUUUGUCAAUUUAAAACGUUCUUCAAUCAUGGAGAACGCCACCGCCAAUUGCAGCGCAAACAGCAACAACAUCAGUGGCAUUGAGCAGGCUCAAUGCACAGACACCAACACCAUUGUCACCCCAAAUAUUAAAGAUAAUAAUAAAAAAGUGGAUGAAGCCAACAAAAAAUCGAAUGCCAACGCAAAGCCCAAGAAGAACAUUUCCUCAACUUUAAGAAACAUAGCUGGUAAGGGACAAGAAGCCACUGAAAUAGAGACAAGAUAUGCGUCAUUAAAAACACCCCUUGACGAUCAAUGUUCACUUGCCAAAACGACCGAGAAAAACAAUAACGAACUAUAUUUUCAACGUCGCUGUUGUGUGCGAAUCAAAAAAUUGCGCAUUACGCAAAAGGAUUUACCUAGUAAGGAUAAUAAAGCGCCCAAGACUUUGAAAAAAGAAGAACUAAUAGCAAAUGCUGCUUUACAAGAUGAAAUUCUGGCAACUUCUUUAUCGCAAAUUGAAAAUCCUGCACUGGAUCAAGAAAAACGUAAAGCAUUUUCGAAAUUAUCUUUGGCAAAACGGCAUCACCCAUCAGCUGAAGACGAUAAAGAAAACAAAAAUAACGAUAACGAAUACAAGAGAAUAUCGAGCCAGACUUUAAACAAGGAAAAUCGUAGCAAAAAGCUUAUCGAUAACACUGCUAAAAAUGUCAAUAAGAAUUCUAUCGAUAAAGAAAACGAUAAAUAUCCAACAAGAACACGCCGACUACUUAGGCAAAGUAAUAGCAAAACCAUUGAGGAAAAUUCGGCGACAGCUCUAGGAAAAGAUAAUAAGAGUAACGAACAAGCAAAAAGCAACUUUAAGGACCGGAAUGGUAAGAUUGAUAACAACUUAAAGUUGAACAUAACCAAGGAACGGACCAACAAACUUUCUAAACCAUUGGAAAAGAAGUUAGAUGCCACUAAACGUGGUUCUAACCAGAACAACAAAGAUGAUUCAAAAUCCACAGAAGAACACACAAAAGUUAAAGAAAAAGAUAACAAAAAUGACACAGGUAGCACCGAAAAAUCAGCAAAGGCGAGAAGACGGAUAAUUGGUAGAAAGUUUAAAGAUGACAAAGUAAAUGUCACUGGUGACCCAUUGGCAAAUGCAGCUGGAACUGAAGGUGGAAUUAAAAAGGCUGGCGAAAUUAAGACCAGAACUCGGGGUGGAGAUAAAAAGGUUGAUGACAUUAUUAAAACCAGGCCAAAAAGAGCAGCCAAACCUAUGACAUUAAACACAAAUAGUAAAAACAAGUCUAAAGAUCGAAUGGUAUCGGUGAUUACAAAUAAGCAAUCAGAAAAGGAGGAUGCUCCCAUAAAUGGGCAUGAAAACAUAGUGGAAAGCUCUCUUAAAUCCAAGUCUAAACCCGAAGUGGCGACAAGUGACGUCAAAAAUAAGGAGAACACGAACAAAAAAUAUAACUCCAAAGGAAUGAAUUCAAAUACAGCAAAAAACAAUGCCAUUACGAAUACAACAAUGAUGGAUAUGCAGCACAUACAUUUUGUUCCCCAAAGAAAUUCGACCAUGCAUUUUGAAGUUAUGUUAAGCCACAAUAAAUCCCCCAUUAAACAGCAUGAAAAAGAGCUUACCAACAGAGUUGAUAACAAAAUAAGUGCUUCUGGCAGCACCGAAAAUAUAAUCACAAAAUCAACAACUAGCAACUUGACAAACCUUAACAACAGAACGAAUAAAUUUUUCCAUCGUCAUGAAAACGAAAAUGUUUGGCAAAAUUCACAAAAUCCACAAUGCCGCAAACGUUUAGCAGCCACCAAUGUCACAAAUAAAACUCCUCUCUCCAAGAAGCAUCGACUGCUGUCGAAGCGUUCCUCUCAAGCUAGGCGUGAAAAGGUCUAUGAAUUUCUUUCGCAAUCUCAAACUUCUGAGUCCGAAUCGGGCAAUGGCAGUAAGAUUCAAACCAAACCUGUGGAUCCCAUGGCAGAUGUUAUUAAAAAGUUAAUAUCACAAGGAAAGGUAGCCGUAGCUACCAAUCAAAAGGGUAAGGGAAAACCUAAGCUUAAGCCCACGAAGCCCAAAAGAGUGACAAAUAAAAAUAAACAGAAAAAGAUUACUCCCUCCGCAAACAUAAAGAAUAAGGAGGUAGUUUUGAUGCCUCCCCCUUCUCCUCCUGCACCAAUCAACAAAAGCAAAGAAAGUAUUGAUGCUGACAACGAAGAAAAUUACGAUAGAGACGAUUUCGACCAUUUUAUGGAAGAUGAUGACGACAUAAACCCCGAUGUCAAUUAUAAUUUUAAUGAACCCGCACAGCCUGGCCAAAAACCUCAACAAAAUCAUGUUGUUGCUGAACAAGAAGGUACUUUUAGUAAUUUAGCCAGGUCAGUUCUAAUCAGCCAAGCUGAAAGAAAUGAUGCUCAAAGAUUAAAGGCCCAACGUCUACUGGCUAUGGCCAAGAAGCUCAUAAGUACGCCGAAGAAUCCAAAAAUGCCCUCACCACAGGCUGCUAUAAAUUCAGACUUAUCACCCAUUGCCCCACCCACAGGUUUAAGGCCACCCACAAAACCUUCGCCUUGGCGAGUGAACGAAGAUGCAUAUUUGCCUAGGGUGUUCAAUUUUUCAAGAAGUUCAGGUAACUUGCCCUCGUUUUCCAGUGAUUAUAUACCACCAACGCCCAAAAAGGAGACGCUCAAAAAUAAAGUGUUACAGGCCUUGAGGAACAAUUCUUCAAUGAAUCCCAAUCAAACCGAACAAAACUCCUUUAUACCUGCAGUGCAAAGUCAUACAUCCACUCCUUUAGUGGUUAACAAUCGACAUUCCAGUGGUGAUGAGGGUGUUCUAUCAUCGUUUUCGUCCAAUGAUUCCAAUGGCGAAAAUAAUCCUCCACCUGUUCCGCCCAAUAUGGGGUCUGAUAAAAAUGCAAAUAUCUUUGAUUUAAAGCAAUUGCCCAAUCCUCGUAGGACUUUAACUUAUCGUAGCCCCUUGAAGGCCAUCAACAUUUUGGAAGUCGUGCACCUGCCUCCUAUAACAGAUAUGAAUGAUUUGUCGAAAGAGAAAUCGCAUGUGGACAUGUUUGGUUUUGAAGAAUUUGCAGAUAAUGAUACCAGCUUUAAAACUCCUCAAAAAGUAAAACAAAAGAAUCUCCGAAAAGGGAGAGAAGCGCAGAAAAAAUCACCUGAUAGAGAUUUAUUUGGAUUUGAGGAAUUCCUAUCACAAACUGAAGCUUCGAGUCAGGAAGCAGCAGCAACACCACAGAAGGAAACCUUUACCAACAAAAUCAAUGAAAAAUUACAAGGGUUAAGAAAAUUACGGCCAGAUACAAGCGAGUUAGAAAUAAAUUUUGCUUCAGGCAAGGAUAAGCCGAAAUUUCCUGAACUUUUUAGGGAUCCAGGCGAUGUGGCCAAACCCCAAAAAACCAUCAAACAGAUGCUAUGUUCUACCAUGGUAGAACAGCCCUCGACAAGCAAGAGGGCAUUGGAAGAGCUUAACUUGCGAAAGCAAGCAAUGUUCCAAUGUCCACCAACCAGGGAGAUUACUGCUGAUAUUAGUGAAAUAUUUAAAGAUGUCGAACCAGAGACAACGUUUAAUGAGCAGGAUCCACACCGCACCUAUGUUCGUCCCUAUAAACGAAAACGUCGUCUUCGCGACAAUAAACUAGUGUUUGUUCUUGAAAGCGACGAGUCGGAUAUUGAAGAUCUUUACUCGCCAGAAAAGAAGAAAAAGAAAGAUAAAAAGAAACGAGAGCUUAAUAAAAGUCAUGAAACUGAUACCAGCUCCGAACAUCCGCCAAACAAAAAGAAACGACGAGCCAAAGAGAAUCCCGAACUGAAAACGUUUGUGGAAGAAUUUCAGGAGAUGUGCAAAGAUGUGGAAAGUUAUCAACUCAUAGUGGAAAAGAGUGCAUGAACCUUUGUAUAAAAAGGAAAAUAUUUUUAUAGCAGAACUUUUAUUAUAUUAGCCUUUUAAAGGCUUUUUUUAUGUUUAUUCGAAUCGUCCUUUUUUUGUUUGUUUUAUGUAUGUUUUUAUUUGCUGCAAUUUAGUUAUAAGUAAACUUUUAGAUGUAAAACAAAAUUGAUGAUGAUACAUGAAAUAUAUUGAUUGAUUCAAUAA